CUUCAUUCCAUAAGCAGAUCUCGGUUGACGUCAUAUAUUUGUCGAUUCGGGUCGCAAACGGCAAUAAGCAAAAAGUACAUGGCAGAGAAAUGGAAAGCCCGUGUUGAAUUUGAGUCAAGUGAACCGUAUGUCUAAUAAGCGUGUGUACGAAUCCAUACGACUUUAAUACCAUUCGACCAUCGUAUUGGAUGCGAGCAACGCACCGCCUCUCGCGCCGAUGACGAGUCCAAUUUCAAUUUUUCUACUAAGUCCGAAUCUAUCUUCCUGGUCCGUAAGUCCCGGUGAGUCGGUAGUGUCCUGCUGCCCGAAUUGUAUGGACUUGGCCAGAAAUGAAGUCAUAAGUCGAUGUCCUCUUUUGAGGCUUGUAGCUUGUUUUUAGCUGGGCCACCUUCACGUUCAUCAUCUAGAAUUCUAACUAUAGCUUGUUCCUUCUCUUCUAGUCUUUUCCAUUAUAUCCAUAUGUACCCGUAGUGGUACGCGUAGCCUCAUUAACUACAUAUUUAUUCAUACUUGUCACCGCAAUUCGUAUUUCUUUGACAGUUUUGUCGCGCUGUCGUCAUUCCCGUAAUAAACCCUACUUUGGUAUUUUAUUCUCGGAGCCUUUCCUGUUUUCCAUCACCUAGACAUCGUAGAGUUUCAAUUUCUUAGCGAAACCAAAAAUCCAACCAUGCGGUAUCUAUCGUAUUGGGUGUUUCCCAUCAUAUCCGGCCUCGUGUGGCUGGCGACCCUUCUGGGUCUGCUAUUACACUGGAUCGUAGAUACGCAUCGCGUAAUAUACGCGUCUAUGGGAGACGGCCAGACGAUAGCAUACAUCUCAGAUGUCGGUGCAUCGAACCUCAAACCUUUAUUCAUCGUUGGCUGCUGCUUAACCACCAUUUUUCUUGACCUGUCUUUUGGCGCCGACCGCUGGUUACGACACCGCGGCCGCCUGGUGCCCAACACUUCUACCGGCGAGAAAGUCUUGAGUGGGUUGACCAUCGUUUUCGCUUUCAUCGGAACCAUAGGCUUGACCUUUCUGUCUGGCUUUGAUACCUUGCGAUACCCUCGGCUGCACGAUAUUUUCCUGCUACUCUUCAUCGCAGGGUAUUUAAUAUCAGCCAUAUUCAUAUGUUGGGAGUAUCAGCGUCUUGGGCAUAAGAACCGCCAACAUCGCGUGCUCCGGAUAUCUUUCUGGGUCAAACUCACAUUUGUCGUUGUUGAGCUCAUCCUUGCAAUUGCCUUUAUAGCAACGAACUUUAAGGGCCAAUACGAUAAGGCCGCGAUCCUCGAGUGGGUCAUCGCAUUCGUCUUCUCUUUCUACGUGUUCUCUUUCUGCAUCGACCUAUGGCCGGCCGUUGCCACGCGCAAUGCUCGCCUCUCCACCAAUAGCGCACGCCAGAUGGAGGAGACUUACUAUGCGACGCAUCCUAGCGUCCUCCCCGAUGUCGCCAGAGAUACUCAGGAUAGCCAGCGGACAUUGACAGAUGGUCAUCGAGGUCACCAUGGCAACGGCGGGCAUCAUAAAACGAGAACGGAACAAAGGGAUUUCUAACUUAAUGGUAAUUUGGGAGGAUUGCGGAUCGGGAAUAGAUACCCUAAGGAUGACUUGACGAUGGAUAGGUGUGCAACGAAUAGGUUUUGAGCGAUACCAAUGAGGAGAGUAAGCUCUAAUGCUUUGCCACGUUUAGAGAGACGGUUGGAAGGUCAACAUUGUUACCAUUAUCACACGGCGUUCGGCUACCUUAUUUGGAAUUACUGGAUUCUGGGACCAAUUAAUUCACCUUGCAUACCAUUGUAGCAAUAUUGGAGAUGAGAAAAAUCUCUUAAAUCUAAUACGUACAUUUACCUGAUCAAGUCACAUAU